GUUAGAAGACUUAACACCCGACGUGCCUAGCACGGAGGAUGCCUUCAGUGUAGACACUCGUGCCCUUCUCUUUCUGAAGUGGGCAUUCUUCCAUGCACCGGUUGUAAAUGAAGACAACAGUACUGGUGAAAAUGUUUCCUUUUGUCCCAGGACAGAAACCCAGCCUGGUCCAUCUGGGGAGCACACUCUUUUUAUUAAAAAAAAAAAAAGGCAAAUUUGGGGCAUGGCAUAAAAUGCAUCUUGAUUCUAUGGAGGCCUUCAGGUCUCUGCAGGUGACUUGGGGCACCCUAACUCCCCCACCACCAAUCCCUCCUCCCCCAGCAGGUAAGACCCCCCCACUGCCCCAUCCUUUUUGCACCUUCCUUACCAGGCCUGCUCUGCCCUGUGUCUUUCAAGCUUUAGCCCUUGUGGGGAGUGUGACCGGGACCGAGGAGCCACCAGAAGCAUGGAGACGGUGGUGAUCGUUGCCAUAGGCGUGCUGGCCACCAUCUUCCUGGCCUCGUUUGCAACCUUGGUGGUGGUUUGCAGGCAGCGGUACUGCCGACCUCGGCCCCGGGACCUGCUGCAGCGCUAUGAUUCCAAGCCCAUUGUGGACCUCAUCGGUGCCAUGGAGACCCAGUCUGAGCCCUCUGAGCUGGAACUGGACGACGUCGUCAUCACCAACCCCCACAUCGAGGCCAUUCUGGAGAACGAAGACUGGAUCGAGGAUGCCUCGGGUCUCAUGUCCCACUGCAUUGCCAUCUUGAAGAUCUGUCACACUCUGACAGAAAAACUUGUUGCCAUGACGAUGGGCUCCGGGGCCAAGAUGAAGACUUCGGCCAGCGUCAGCGACAUCAUCGUAGUGGCCAAGCGGAUCAGCCCCAGAGUGGACGAUGUUGUGAAAUCGAUGUACCCGCCGCUGGACCCGAAGCUCCUGGAUGCCCGGACAACGGCCCUGCUCCUGUCUGUCAGUCAUCUGGUGCUGGUGACCAGGAACGCCUGCCACCUGACCGGGGGCCUGGAUUGGGUAGACCAGUCGCUGUCCGCUGCUGAGGAGCACUUGCAAGUCCUUCGGGAAGCGGCCUUGGCCUCUGAGCCAGAGAAAGGCCUCCCAGGCCCUGAGGGCUUCCUGCAGGAGCAGUCGGCCAUCUAGUGCCAGCUGGCCAGCCGCUGACCACAAGGGCCAGCCUGCUGCUGUCUGCGGGCGGCCCGGCUGAGCCUUCCACUUUUCCUGUCGUUAGUUCCGCACGGCUCGGGGUCCAGCUGUGUGCAUCAUACAUCGGGAGAGCCCGUGGGUUGAUGCCUCUGUUGCAGUUGCAGAUGGUGGCUGGCAAGUGGCAGUCUGACA